GCGAGCGAGCUAGCUGCCGACAGAACUCCCAGCUGAGAGGAAGCAACGGGAGGAAAGCAGAGCAGAUGAGGUCCAGGAUUCAUAACAAAAUGUGUUGGAGCCGGGCCCUUCACACCGGCUGGCUCCUGCUGCUGGUCCAGCUGCUUUGCUUAGAGGCAGUGCCCAUCAGUAUGGAUAAGACAAAAGUCCGAGAGCCAGAGAAAAAAGCAGAAGAGCCCCCAGCUAGUGUGGACACGGGACUGCACUACGACCGCUACCUCAGGGAAGUCAUCGAUUUUCUAGAGAAAGAUCAGCAUUUCAGAGAAAAGCUCCACAACACAGACAUGGAAGACAUCAAGCAAGGUAAGCUGGCCAAAGAGCUGGACUUUGUCAGCCACCAUGUCAGAACCAAACUGGAUGAGUUGAAGAGGCAGGAGGUAAGCCGACUCCGAACUCUGAUUAAGGCCAAGCAAGACCUUGAAGGAGGGAAUGAUAUAGCGGUUGACCACCAGGCUCUGCUGAAACAGUUUGAGUACUUGAACCACAUGAACCCGCACACAUUUGAAGUGGAUGACCUGGAUCGGCUCAUUAAAUCGGCCACUAAAGAUCUGGAAAACUUUGACAAAGACAGACACGAGGAGUUCAAGAAGUAUGAAAUGACGAAAGACCACGACAGGCGGGAACACCUGAAAACACUGGACGAAGACGAAAGACAAAAAGAGGAGGAGCACUACGAGGAGAUGAAGAAGAAGCACGCUGACCACCCUAAAGUCAACCACCCAGGUAGCCAGAAUCAACUGAAGGAGGUGUGGGAGGAAGCGGAUGGCUUGGACCCUGAAGAUUUUGACCCUAAGACCUUUUUCAACCUGCAUGAUACCAAUGGAGAUGGCUUUUUUGAUGAACAGGAGCUGGAGGCAUUGUUCACCAAAGAGCUCGAAAAAAUCUAUGACCCCACCAAUGAAGAGGACGAUAUGGUGGAGAUGGAGGAAGAGAGGCUACGUAUGCGAGAGCAUGUUAUGAAUGAGGUGGAUUCUAACAAAGACAGACUGGUCUCUUUAGAGGAGUUUCUGGUCGCUACAAAGAAAAAGGAAUUCUUGGAACCAGACAGCUGGGAAACCCUGGAGCAGAACCAGGCUUACACAGACGAGGAGAUGAGGGAGUUCGAGGAGCAUCUUGUGCAGCAGGAAGAGGACCUCAACCAGAAAGCUGUAGACCUCCAGAAUCAGAGAGACGAGCUGGAGAGACAGCAGGAGCAGCUCAAUGCACAGAAAAUAGAGCUGCAACAGGCAGUUGAGCAUAUGGAAAGGCUGAAAACACAGAACGUAGAACUCCCUCCAGAGGUUCACGUUGAAGGAAAUGCUAUCCCAGAGAUGCACGCCGUUGACAACCAGUUGCAUCCUGAACAAGAGGCCCAACUGCAGGGGCAUGACCCUGCACUCCAAGUUCAACAACAUACACCUCAGGAACACCAUGAACAACAUCAAGACAUGGCCCAGCAAGGGCUCCCCCAGACACACCAGGAUCUGCCACCGGGCCACCAAGAAGCUGCACACGGCCAGCAUAACGUGCCGUAACUGUGCUGUCAGAACUUGAACCUCCACAACCAGACUUUGGCAGCACCUCCACUCCAGUGUGCAGAGGAGCAGUUCCUCCUGAGUAUUAGGCCUCGUAAACCAGCAUGACUUUAGGGGUUAGGAGGAAUGAGAGCAGCACAAAAGGAAUCCCUGCUGAAUGAUCCCAGUGUUUGAUAAUAGCUGUAAUCCUUUGGAUUACAUAACGGAAUUACAAUAGUUAAAUGACCCACCACGGACGUGCAUCUUAAAAUGUGCAGUUACACUUUCAAAGAGUGUUUGAUUACAUUAGAAAUGAUCAAUUGCUAAUACCAUUAUACAAAAAUAUAAUUUUGGUGAGUUUUUCUUUACUUGCUGUUCAAAGUACAGAAAUAACAAGGAUAACAAUGCUACUGGCUCUACAAGUUAGAUGUGUACAGUGCAGCUGCUGAACGGGGUACUGUGUAAAAAAAGUCAUUUAAAUUUGAUCAUUUUGAGUUUGAUAUACUGACUUGACUGUCAAGAAACCCCCAAACAUCUUUUACAGUUUACAUGUGUGACUUAUGGCGUGUGUCAAUGGGCUGUAUCAGAGAUUUUAGAAAAUGACUGCAAGAGACAUUUUGAAGAUUUUCUAUGAUAGCAUUUAAGAGCUUAAAAGAGCAAAAGAACUAUAGCAGUUUUAACCAGUAUGCAGCAUCUUGAUGUCUUAACCAGAACCAUUCAAUUCGAGACAUUUUGAUUAUGUAAACAUAAUCUACAAGGGUCAGGUCAGCUCUUUGUAUAAAUGUGUUUUAUUUCUAUUAUCUCAACCUGCCGCUUUCAAUCAAACUCCCUCAUGGAGCCAGACUGCUCAGAUUUCCCAACGCUUCUGCUUCUCUCUUCAUGUUGAUUCUGGUUGCUUUCAGAAAUUUCUCAACUGUAGAAAAUGCGUCCCCUGCCUAAAAAGACAUCUGGUACAAGGUUUGCCCACACUGCAGCUGCUCUACGCUGACUUUGAUGUCAAAAAUAUAUAAAGGUGCUCGGUUCUUUAAAUAAAGAUAGGUGUGAAACAUCUCUCUAUUCAACACACGUUUCUUCAUUACAGCCCAAACUCCUGCAGAUGCUCACACAGGAGUUUCAGGUUACGUACAGUAUGUUGGACAUCUGAAAUAAUACAUUUGCUUUGCUACGUUUAAUAGUAUUGUUGGCAUUUCAAAUCGGGUCUAUUGUACGUACACAAAAUGUGUACGUUCAUACAUGAGUUGACAGUGAUUUUUAAACACUUUUGCUGAUUGCAGGCUUUUAUUGCUGUCUCUUUCAUCUCAAUUUUCAAAGUGCUGGAUUUGGGAAAUAAGUUAAGUUAAUUUUAAGAUUUUUUAUUUGUCCGAUUGUCAAAAAGUGAUGAUAUGAAAACCCUUUUGAAUUUGCAUUCAGUACCCAUUGUAUUUGUCACCAUAUGUGCAUUCUUGGUCCUAAUUUGAAGAAAAACGUGGCAUUGGCAUAUUCCCCCACAAAUGAGCAGUUUGGUGUAAUUGCUGUGCUAUCCAGGUGGCUUUUUUCAUGUAAUGUUGUGGUUUCUUCUAGCUGGCAGACUGUGGCCAUAGCAAUCCGGUGUUUACCUAUUGGCCACUUUUUACUGAACAAGGCUUCGUUUGCAUCCAGCGAUAACAGGUCUGCCAUAUUGUGGUUUUACUUUCUACAAAAUCCAGAUGUGGAAUACAAUUUUUUCUAUUUUGCUGUGUCGUGUGUUUUCUGUGUCCCAAGUGUUCCUUAGACGAUACUUCUUCAUAAUUUGCACCAAAUACAGAGUGUUUUCUGAUUGCUUGCUGCUGGAUAAAAUAGUAAUUUUGGCGAUACUGUACACCUCAGUUCACGAUAAUAAAACACGUAUGACCGUU